AUGCCGUUCAAACCCCAGAUCCCCAUACUCCAAGUCGAGUCGACCGCCAUCCACACCGUCGACACCCGCUCCGCCGAGCAAUUGUUUGGCCUCUGGUCGGUCUUUUCCAAGUGCGCCGAGACCAUGGAGGAGGGCCGCCGCCUUGAGAACCUCAGCUGGAGGCUAUGGAACCGCGAGACCUUCUGCUGCGCUCCCGACCACAGCAACCCCAACGCCUCUCUCUUCACCACCCCGCGCUGGUCCUACACCCGCAAGACGUCCGACUCGGGCUCGCUUUCCAUUCCCGCUCUAUCAUCCAGCGUCGAGUCGGACGACUCGGACGACCGCGUCGACAGCGCCUCCACCCUGCAGUCCGCCGUCUCGUCGAGGCCUCACAUUAGGAGACACGACUCAACAGAAAGCCGGAACAGAGGAACAGAAAAGCACCUCACCCCCGUUGACCUCGAGAGCUUAGUCAUGUGCAUCAAAGAGAAGAAGGACCUAGAGCCUCUCUCCCCCUUGCCGAUGCCCGCACCCGAGCAGAAGAGCCAGGAGAGCGCGACGGAACAACGCGUUGAGGAAUCCACUCCGCCACCUGUCAACCCUAAGCCCCAAAUGGUUCCCGAGUCUUCCACUUCCACCGUCGCCACCACUCUCGACAGCGAUCUCUCAAAGAUGAGCCCUCCUGUCAUUGGCUCGGAUAGCAGCACAUCCACCGACUGCAGCUCUCACAGCGUCGUCCGUGGCUUCUCGCCCGGCCGCAUCUCUUCUUCGUACCGCUCGAGGACGAACCUCCAGCAACCCACAAUGCCCACCCCUAUCAUCAGGCAACCGCAGCACACAUCACCUGCCCCGAUGCAGAAGAGGAAGGGUGCCAUGUUCACCCUCGGUGGCUCUUCCGACGAGGAUGGCAACAGCUCUUUGGAGACUCACAUGCAGAUGAGCCAAAUGAGCAAUGCGCGCAGCUCGCUCUCGGACGGCCUCAGGAAGCCCCAAGGUGUAUCCCGCAAGCAGACGUCUUUCAAAGAUGAGAUCUCGGCCAGGAUGCCUGAGCGUAAGGCAUACGAGAGCGAGGAAGUCUUCGAGAGCGACAGCGAGGAUGAGGUUUCCGACAAUGCCAUCGAGGAAGAUGACGAGAGCCAAUGGGAGGAUUCGGACGACGAGAGCGGCCCAUCCAGCGUGAACGACAAGGUUUCGUUCCAGAGGGUCGACUCCAAGCCCAACCUCACCUCCCGCCGCUCCCUUCUUACCACCCUGAUGCACGAGGGCGACCGAGCCCAGGCGCUCCAAAACGCUGCCUCCCGCUCCACACCCGCCCUUCGCCGCUCGCGGACCACUUCGCCCAAUGGACCUUCCAUUGCGGCAUCACCCAACACCAAUACGUUGCGAUACCAACCUGCCCAGCCUGCUCCUGCCCAGCCCGCCAAGCCCGCCGCGCCCGUCCAGCCUGAACCGGAAGUCCAACAAAUCCCCAGGUCAAAGCCCAUCAUCAUGACCACCUCUAACACACAUGCUCCUCCCGCGCUGUCCCCCCGGACCACCAGGCGGAACAUGCUCACCACUGAGUUGACAGAGUCUCUCCGCAAGCACCUGCUGUGGGAGCGUCAACAGAAGAACUCGACCAACAACGCAGUUCUCAAGAGGAGACAUACCUCGACGGAUGUCAAGAACCUCAAGAACUACCCUGGCGAGGCUCAGCCAUCGGCCCUCCCGACAGUAAAGGAGAACGCCAAGGGCAACAACUCCUGGACCACCAACUACUUUGACUCGGGUCUCCAGGAGUACCACGAGAGAGGGUGGUAA